ACACCGGAAAUGACGCUACAUCAGACCGGAAGAUGCCAGUCAGCUGCCCGGAAGUUGCGAUGUUAUGAUUAGGCUCGUUUAAUGACUGUAAUUAAGGCGCUGUUACGAUACGGUUGGUGCAUUUGUUACGCUUGUUACUGACUAAAUCUCACUGGCGAGGACGAAAGUGUAAAAAUGAAGCUUUUAAUCCUCCCCGUGGCCUCCGUUCUGGUUUGUUUUGUCUUGAUUGCACCAGUGACAGCGAAGAACUCAGAAGAUAUUCGCUGUAAAUGCAUUUGUCCACCAUACAAAGACAUAGAGGGACAAAUCUACAAACAAAAUGUAUCUCUUAAAGACUGUAAUUGUCUCCAUGUAGUUGAACCCAUGCCUGUUGAUGGCAAAGAUGUGGAGGCCUAUUGUCUACGGUGUGAGUGUAAAUAUGAAGAAAGGAGUUCCGGGACCAUAAAGUUUACCAUUAUUAUGUACCUCUCUAUAUUGGGCUUUCUGCUGCUCUACAUGGUGUACCUGACUCUUCUGGAGCCCAUGUUGAAGAGGAGGCUCUUUGGACAUUCUCAGCUCAUUCAAAGUGAAGAUGACGUUGGGGACCAGCAGCCUUUUGCCAAUGCACACAAUGUUUUGUCCCGCUCACACUCGAGGUCAAACAUGCUGAACAAAGUGGAACACGCUCAACAGCGCUGGAGGAGGCAGGUCCAGGAGCAGAGGAAAUCUGUGUUUGACCGCCAUGUUGUUCUGAGUUAAACCUAUGAGUUAAAACUGAAAAAACACUGUGACAGAGCCCUCCAUUCAUCUCUGUAUCUUUUGUGACUCCUAAGGUGAAGGAAGGCUUAAGUGAUGGGGUCUACAAAGGACCUGAGCAAAUGUAAAAUGUAAUGGGUUUACAAAAUUCUAAAGCAUUUUCUUUGAUUUACCUUUGCAUAUUGAAAAUUCAGCAAGUUUUCAUUUCAUUUGCAAAAACAGAGGAUGAUCUCUUCUUUUCAAUCUACAUGUGUGCCAAUCUAACUUGAAACUUCAGUUUAAAACUCUAAAAGUCUCAAUCUAAUGUUACAUGAUCACUUUUUGCUUCAGUUUGAGGUCAGUCGUUGUUGAAGUCAUAACACAGAUGCUCUCAAAUAAAUGACUUGAGCAUGAAAUAUCCAGAUGUUGAUUAGUGCCAAACAACAUGACUGGAUAAAUGGACCAAUCCACUAACCGCUGCUUUGGGCAGUUUGCCGGUGGGAAUUUUAAUUUAGGGGAAUCAUGGAACUAUAACAACUGGAUGUUUUACCACCUCAUAUGAAUGGUUCACCACCUCAUCUGUUUUCCUCUAAUGUUUUCUUGUUAGAACAAGUAUUUCUCUAUAAAUCUACAUUGUAUGUCCUUUCCUGGUAUACUUACUCUAUUUGAUGAACUGCCAUGUUUUUAUGGUUACUGUGGUUUGGUAAUAAUACUCUAACAAUCUAGAAAAGUGUUUAAAAAUGGAAACUUGUGUUUACUGAUAACUUAUACUUUACAGUUUGUGAAGCAGUAGUAACCCUACAAUGAUUUGAUGUGAUUUAUACUAAAUGGUUUGUUGAAUGGUUUGUUCUCUUAAGUCCUACGAUAAUAUUAUUUGAGAGAUUCCAUUUCUUGGUCAUGUUUUUGUUGAGCGCUCUAGUGAACUGGAAACAUUAUGCUGAUACCUGAGAGCAGAUAAUAUGUCAUUUUGUGUUUAAUCAGCUUUCAAAGUGAAUUGUCUAAAUGAUAACAGUGGCAUGACAUUGUAAAUUCAUUGAACUACAACAGCUGUGGUAGAAGAAUCAUGAAUGUGUUGUUGUCUAUUGUAAUAUUGUACAACUCUUGAUUUGAAAUAUUAAACAUGUAAAUUGUUUG